GAAUUUGAGCCAACCGGCAUGCUCGACUGUCAAAAUGGCGUCUACCAUAAAUUAAGAGUCUUCACAGCUAGAAAAUAAACUUUUCACUCCGUCACAGAUUAUCCUGAUACGAGGACCACCACGGCCCCCAUGAUGGCAUCAUGGUCUGAAAAAAUGCUACAACUUUUGCUUCGAAUGAACAACUUUCAUUUACCAGGAUCCAGUUUAGAAACAUGUCUGCGGUUUGAGGUCGCAGGGGAGCACGUGGGAUGGGUCACCCCCGGCGUAGCGUGCAUCCUGGCCCGGUUCCCUAACGUCUUCUGCGCACGCGGCGGCGCCGUUGCGCUCGCGGCUGAUCUGGACUCCUGCGAGAAGAGGUCGGAGGCAGUGGGCGCUGCGCUGCAGGAGCUGAGGGAGCAUGGUUGUCUGACCUGUCUCAGGGGCUGGAGGAGCGAGAAAUAUGCAGUGAUGGCAAGGUACUGCGAUAGUCCCCUGAUGCACAUGGAGAGAGCAGCAACAAGUGUGUUUGGAGUUAAGCGCUAUGGUGUCCACAUUAACGGAUACAGUCGGGAUGGAGAUGGAAAUCUAAGCAUGUGGAUAGCACGACGUUCCAACACUAAGCAGACAUAUCCUGGAAAACUGGACAACCUGGCAGCUGGGGGUCUGGCGGCAGGCUGCAGCAUUAAACACACACUGGUGAAGGAGUGUCAGGAAGAGGCCUGUAUCCCUGAGUCUCUAGCUGAGAAAGCGCGACCUGUGGGAACCAUCAGCUACACUUAUGAGGAUGAGGAGGGUGUUUUCCCUGAGUGUCAGUUUGUGUUUGACUUGGAGCUGCCUACAAACUUCAGGCCUCAGAUUGGCGACGGUGAGGUGCAGGCCUUCUACUUCUAUCCCAUCAACAAGGUGAAGGAGCUGCUCGUGUGUGAGGAGUUUAAACCCAACUGUGCCAUGGUGGUGUUGGAUUUUCUCAUCAGACACUCUGUCAUUGAGCCUGACUCAGAGCCCUACUACCAGGAGUUUGUUGCUGGCCUGCACAGACCCUUGUAAACUCUGGAAGAUGGUCUUCGCUCAUAGCCAAGUGGGUCGGCCAAGUCCAACACCACCAAAACUACAAAAAGAAACGUAACAAAAAUAAGACUACAGACAAGGGCCAUAGCUCCGUCAGCCCCUUAACUGCUUUGGGUGAAAGUCAUGCGCCCUGACGCCAGCGAGACCAGGACAUCCAUCUGCAGCACGACGCAGUGUACAGCUCCAUCUGCCUCCACCUGGAGCUCAUACGUUAGCUCCACCCUGAUCCUCCAGAUGAUCUCCAGCACAAGGUGGAUGCUCCCACAAUAUAAUGUUCAGUUGGGGUCAUAAAUAACACACGACGAAUUUACCCUAUAAGAAUUUAUUUUUUUCCCCUCAGUACAUUAAAAUGAGUUUGUGGAAGUCCAAAGAUGCAUUUGUAUACAAAAAGAUUACUGGUGCAUCAAAGGUUUUUUUCUUAGACUUAAACACAGAUUCUCAUAAGAAACUGCUUGUUUUAUAAUAUGGCAUUAAACGGCUCUCUGAAAAUCA